UAUACGUUGUGGGUGGCUCCGAGACAAAAAGCUAGCGAGGAAGAAACGAAGAGUUCGAUCGCGGGAUCAGAUCCGGUCCGAUCCGCCAUGAGCCUCUUCGGUCUCGGAAGGAACCAGAGGACAUUUCGGCCUAAAAAGAGUGCACCAUCUGGCAGUAAGGGUGCCCAACUCCGGAAACACAUUGAUGCAACUCUGGGUAGUGGAAACCUAAGGGAAGCAGUAAGACUCCCACCUGGGGAGGAUUUGAAUGAGUGGCUUGCAGUCAAUACUGUUGAUUUCUUCAAUCAGGUGAAUCUGCUUUAUGGCACACUAGCAGAAUUCUGCACACCUGAGAAUUGUCCUACAAUGACCGCAGGUCCAAAGUAUGAGUAUCGAUGGGCAGACGGUGUACAAAUAAAGAAGCCUAUUGAAGUCUCAGCACCAAAGUACGUGGAGUACUUGAUGGAAUGGAUUGAAGUUCAGCUUGAUGAUGAGUCUAUAUUUCCUCAAAAGCUAGGUACACCUUUCCCUCCAAACUUUAAAGAAGUUGUAAAGACAAUAUUCAAGCGCUUGUUCCGCGUCUAUGCCCACAUAUACCACUCACAUUUUCAGAAGAUUGUCAGCCUCAAGGAAGAGGCGCAUCUUAAUACGUGCUUCAAGCAUUUCAUUCUUUUCACUUAUGAGUUUGGCUUGAUCGACAAGAAGGAACUUGCCCCACUUCAGGAGCUGAUAGAAUCCAUCAAUGUUCCAUAUUAAGCCUGUCUAUUCAGAGACAUCCGCAGUACUUCUGAUCUUGAAAACUGUCAUCAUCAUCUUAAAUCUUAGUUCGCUGCUUGGUUUCCUUCUAUUUACUUGUAUGCUGAUACAGUGGGGUGUAUUCGUGUAUUAAUGUAUUGGUGAAUAAAUGCCAAGGAUGAUUACAUA